GGACUGCAGGAACGCAGAAUUUGAAAAAAUAGGGUCAAAGGCGGCCGGCACGAAAGCAGCCAUUGUGUGCGUUGUCUGAUGUCUGAACGUGGAGCGAACUUUCUUCCUGUCUGGAUUUCACUUUUCAAAUUCUUCUGUGCCUCUUGGUUGUGCCAGAAGUGUGGUAUGAAUGCCGCUUUCUAUGGUAAAAGUGCUUGUUUCAGUGAAAGGAUCCAAAGGAAGGAUCCUGUAAAUUGUGGAGCACGGAACCACCAGCCAGAUAGAGUUAUUUCCUCGGGUGGUUGUUUUUUGCGUAGGUUUUUCCCUUGGUGGUGCCAUCUCCGGCAGGUGUCCGCUAUCUUUGAGUUAAAAGUCCUGCCCUUCAGUGAAAGCUGGUCCCUUGCGAAGCUCAGAGUUCAUUUCAUGGAGUUACGGCCAGGAUGGCUAUAAUGCUAUAAUUGGUUUCUAAUAUGAUUCUUGAGUUUGUGUAGAUAGAUCAAGGUGGACAUCUUGUGCACUGAGAACUGCUCGUCUUCUAAGUUGGAUCUUGUGGGUUCUGUCAUGUCUGCCUGUUCACUCUAAAGAGAUGCGCAUUUGGGCUGUCCAUUUGUUGGGUGUUCUGUGAGUUUCUGAGGGAGACGUAUUGUUGGUGGAAGGGGAAAUGGGGGAGAAGGGCGUGAAGAGCUCGAAUUCAAUGGGUUUAGGGUGUUGUGGGUGGAGGUGGGCGUGCUCGAGUGGGAGUUCCUUCUCCUCCUCGAAUUCUGUAAUUCUUCUGGGAUUCCUUCUGGUGCUUGCCACCUUCGGUUCUCUGUUUGCUUGGUUGACAAUCUCCCCCUUUGGGAGGCCUGGUACAGGGUUAGUCGGUUGUCGUGAAGACGGCGAAGGAUCAUGGUCGAUUGGAGUUUUUUACGGGAAGUCCCCAUUCUCUCUUCGGCCGAUUGAAAUGGAAACUCUAGAGGCCAAUAUGAGCUCCGCAUGGCCGGUUGCGAAUCCGGUGUUUACUUGUGCUUCUGUGGCAGACUAUAGAUACCCGAGCAACUUUGUAGCAGACCCUUUCCUUUUUAUUGAGCACUCUCCUACUCAAAGAGGAUAUAAACUUUAUAUGUUUUUUGAAACAAAGAAUUCUCUUACGAUGCAAGGAGAUAUUGGCGUUGCCCUUAGUGUUGACAAAGGUGCAACAUGGAAGUAUUUGGGAAUUGCCUUAGAUGAAGAAUGGCACCUUUCUUAUCCAUAUGUAUUCGAUUAUCAGGGCCAAAUAUACCUGAUGCCUGAAGGUAAUAGAAAGGGAGAUCUUCGGCUUUAUCGUGCAUUGGAGUUUCCUCUUCAAUGGACUUUGGAGAAGGUGCUUAUAAAGAAACCUCUAAUUGAUGCCACAAUGAUCCAGUAUGAAGGGUAUUACUGGAUUUUUGGUUCUGAUUUCACACGUCAUGGUACAGAGAAGAAUGCAGAGCUUGAAAUUUGGUACAGCAGGUCACCACUUGGUCCCUGGAAACAGCAUAAGCAAAACCCAGUUCACUCUAGGGACAAAAGUUUGGGUGCUCGAAAUGCUGGAAGACCUUUCAUAUAUGAAGGUUCCUUGUAUCGAAGUGGACAGGACUGUGGUGAAACCUAUGGCCGAAGAGUUCGUCUGUAUAAAGUGGAAAUUCUCAGCACAGAAAAUUACAGAGAAGUAGAAGUGCCAUUAGGGAUUGAGGAGUCAAAAAAAGGCCGUAAUGCAUGGAAUGGUAUUAGGUACCAUCACUUGGAUGCUCAACAGCUUCCAUCUGGUGACUGGAUUGCAUUAAUGGAUGGUGAUCGUGUCCCUUCUGGUGAUUCAAGCAGGAGGCUGUUCAUUGCCUUUACAGGACUGACUUUUGUUGUUCUUCUCAUAAUAGCCGUUGGAUUUUCGGUGGGAUGUGUAAUGUGCAUGCUUCCAACAAGCUGGGGUUUAGGUUCUAACAGGAGAAAUGAUACUAUAUGUGUUUGGGUUCAGCCACAAUUUAGCUUGAAGCUGCGAAAAUGUUUUAUAUUGUUUAACAGAACCAGUUCAUCUCUUCAGGGUCAAUUAAGGCUAAACACAUGCUUGGGCAAAUCCAUUCUGUGUGUACUUUCCACUAUAGGGGUAGUAGCAGUGUGUGUGGUUGUUUCGUUUCUCUUUGGAGGAAAUGGUGCUGAAGAGGCAUACCCCUUUAAAGGGGAGUACUCACAGUUCACAAUGCUGACAAUGACAUAUGAAGCUCGUCUGUGGAAUCUGAAGCUCUAUGUAAAGCAUUAUUCACGAUGUGCUUCUGUUAGAGAAAUUGUAGUAAUUUGGAACAAAGGUAAUCCUCCAGAUGAAAGGGAAUUUGACUCUGCAGUUCCAGUUCGUAUUCGUGUGGAGAGACUCAAUUCUUUGAACAACCGCUUUAAAGUUGAUCCUCUCAUAAAAACUAGGGCAGUUCUUGAACUUGAUGAUGAUAUAAUGAUGACAUGUAAUGACUUGGAAAGAGGGUUCAAGGUUUGGCGAGAACACCCUGAGAGACUUGUAGGUUUCUAUCCUCGACUUGUUAAUGGGAAGCCCUUGCAGUACAGAAAUGAGAGGUAUGCUCGAAAGAUGAAUGGUUACAACAUGAUAUUAACUGGAGCUGCCUUCAUGGAUGGUGAAAUUGCAUUUAAGAGGUAUUGGAGUGAAAUGGCAAAAGAAGGAAGGGCCAUGGUUGAUAAGUUCUUCAACUGUGAAGACGUCUUGAUGAAUUUUAUUUAUGCUAACUUGAGUACUGCAAGAACUGUUGAGUAUGUUCAUCCUGCUUGGGCAAUAGAUACUUCAAAGUUUUCAAGUUCUGCCAUUAGUCGGGACACAGGAGCACAUUACAAGAAAAGGACCAACUGCUUGCUCAAAUUCACUGAUCUGUAUGGUCCUCUCCCAGCCAAGGAAUGGGAAUUUGGUAUGCGUCUGGAUGGUUGGGAUGCAUAGUCCAACUUGAUUCAAACCUGAGUUAUUAGAACAAUUCACAUUAGCAAAUGACAAUAUGUCCCAGGGAUGUGGCUGAGUGCUGCGAUCUGACAUGAUAUACUGGGAAGUGAUACUAAACUCAGUGUUAAGUGAAUGAAUCUCAUUUCUCAUUCUGCAUCUAUGGGACCAGUUAAAUUUUGCAUUCUGAUAUUUGAUUUUGUGCUCGUGACAUGGCUUUGAACUUUGAAGAACAUUUCCUACAAACCACAUGGAACAUGUGAAGGUGAUGACAGAUCCGAGUUCAUGAUGCAUUAUUAUGCUCUCCGUUAUUGUGACCAGCUAGCUUCUGAUGAAUGUUGUAAUGUCCUUUGAUAUGGAAGACUUGUUCAUAGUGACAUAAGCGCCAAUGGAGACUUUUAACUCAUGUUCUAGCUAGAUUGCAAUUGCAAGAACGCAGGUGAGAGGUGUCCUGUUGGAAAUCAAAUGAUGAUGUUUUCAUAAUUCAACUACCUAUUAAAGAUGCAUUAAUCACCUUUGAUAGACUGUUCACUCUGAGAAUGUGUAAUCUUCUUGGACAUCCAAUUUUUCCACCUGUCUUGUCGGUCUGCAGAAUAUGAUUGUACUGAUGUUUGCUGUAUAUUUUAUUGCUGGUGGAUCGUCUGUGCAUGGACCAUGAUCUGCCUGAGUUUCAAUUGUCUUGUCUCAAACUCCCUGAAUUGGUCAAAUGACCUUGGACCAAUCUUGUGAUGAUCUGGCGCUUGAAUAACACAGAACUUGUAUCGCUUA